AUGGCUUUGAAUGUUGCCCCAGUCAGAGACACUAAAUGGCUGACGUUAGAAGUCUGCAGACAGUUCCAGCGAGGAACCUGCUCACGCUCCGACGAGGAGUGCAAAUUUGCUCACCCCCCCAAAAGCUGCCAGGUUGAAAAUGGAAGAGUAAUCGCCUGCUUUGAUUCCCUAAAGGGCCGUUGUUCAAGAGAGAACUGCAAGUAUCUUCACCCUCCAACACAUUUAAAAACUCAACUAGAAAUUAAUGGGAGGAACAAUUUGAUCCAGCAAAAAACUGCAGCAGCAAUGCUUGCCCAGCAGAUGCAAUUUAUGUUUCCAGGAACCCCACUUCAUCCAGUGCCCACUUUUCCUGUAGGUCCCGCAAUAGGGACAAAUACGGCGAUUAGCUUUGCUCCUUACUUAGCACCUGUAACCCCUGGAGUUGGGUUAGUCCCAACAGAAAUUCUACCCACCACACCCGUUAUUGUUCCCGGAAGUCCACCCGUCACUGUCCCGGGCUCAACUACAACUCAGAAACUUCUCAGGACUGACAAACUGGAGGUAUGCAGGGAGUUCCAGCGAGGAAACUGUGCCCGGGGAGAGACCGACUGCCGCUUUGCACACCCCGCAGACAGCACAAUGAUCGACACCAAUGACAACACCGUAACCGUUUGUAUGGAUUACAUAAAGGGGCGUUGCAUGAGGGAGAAAUGCAAAUAUUUUCACCCUCCUGCACACUUGCAGGCCAAAAUCAAAGCUGCGCAGCACCAAGCCAACCAAGCCGCGGUGGCCGCCCAGGCAGCUGCAGCCGCGGCCACAGUCAUGGCCUUUCCACCUGGUGCUCUUCAUCCUUUACCAAAGAGACAAGCACUUGAAAAAAGCAACGGUGCCAGCACGGUUUUUAAUCCCAGCGUCUUGCACUACCAGCAGGCUCUAACCAGUGCACAGUUGCAGCAACACACGGCGUUUAUUCCGACAGAUAAUUCUGAAGUAAUCAGCAGAAAUGGAAUGGAAUGCCAAGAAUCUGCAUUGAGAAUAACUAAACAUUGUUACUGUACAUACUAUCCUGUUUCCUCCUCAAUAGAAUUGCCACAAACUGCAUGCUAA